UUAUUUCUUAAAAAUUUAUUAGAUUUCAGAUUUUCACUGAAAUUAUUUUCACUGAAUUUCUUAUGCUAUAUUUUGAUGGCCUUAUUUUGAGCGUUAGGGAAAUUCCUGGAUAUCCUGUUGUUUGUCGUUAUAUAAAAUCUUCAUAUCAAAAUGAUCCUGUUCGUUCUGUAAUUGAGCUUCUUCUUAUUUUCUUUGUUAUAAGAUAUAUUUUUUCGACUAGAUAUAGCCCUGAAAAGAAUAAUUAUGUAAAACUUUCUGAAAAGGAAAUUGAUGAUCUAGUAGAUGAAUGGGUUCCUGAAAGUCUUGUUUCUAACCCAACAGAGGUAGAAGAACUAGAAAUAGAAAAAGUUCCCGUUAUAAUUGGUAGUGUCGAUUCUAAAGUUAGACUUUCGUCAUCUCCUACAAGAACAAUAAUUCAUCUUUCAUCUUAUAAUUUUUUGGAUUUUAUUUCUUCUGGUUUAUUACAAAAGAAGGCAAUUGAAGCGUUACGAAAAUAUGGUGUUGGGCCAUGUGGUCCUCCGGGAUUCUAUGGAACUCAAGAUGUACAGAUGGUUUUAGAACAAGUACUUGCAAAUUUUCUAGGAACUGAAUCUGCAAUUCUUUACUCUCAAACAUAUUCUACUAUUUCUUCUGUUAUUCCUGCAUUUUCUAAACGUGGUGACAUUUUAGUUGUUGACCGUGGUGUGAAUUUUGCAAUUCAGAAAGGGAUUCAAAUAUCUCGUUCUACUAUACGAUGGUUUGAUCAUAAUGAUAUUUCUUCUCUUGAAAAUGUUCUAGAAGACAUUCGUAUUGAUCAAAUGGUAUCACGUAAGCCUCUUACACGAAGAUUUAUUAUUAUCGAGGGAUUAAGUGAAAAUUUUGGUGAUAUUUGCAAUCUUACAAAAAUUAUUGAGCUUAAAAAAAAAUAUAAAUAUCGAUUAAUACUUGAUGAAUCAUGGUCAUUUGGUACAUUAGGCAGAUGUGGACGUGGAGUAAUCGAAUAUUAUGGAUGUGAUCCUCAGGAUGUUGAUAUUAUAGUUGGAUCCUUAAGUACGUCUCUUUGUAGUGGUGGUGGAUUUUGCGCAGGUGCUUCGGAAAUUAUAGAGCAUCAGAGAAUAACAGGGGUUUCUUAUGUUUUUUCUGCUGCAUUGCCUGCAUCACUUGUUGUAAUUGCUUCUCAGGCAAUACUUAUGCUUCAACAAUCAUCUUCUGUUGACUAUUUUACUACCUUAAGAGAUAAUUCUAAUGUAUUUCGAUCAAUAAUUGAGAUGAGUGAAUUUAUAGAUAUAAGUAGUCAUAGAGAUAGUCCUAUAAUUAUUUUUCGUAUAAAAAAAGAAAUUUCAAAUAAAUAUAGCUGGUCUUUUGACGAAAUAGAAAGAAUUCUUCAAGAAAUUGUAGACGAGUCUCUUAAUAGUGGUAUACUUAUUACACGUGUUAAGAAAAUUAGUUCUCAAGAGAUUUGGAAAUUUGAUCCAAGUAUUCGUGUUUGUAUAAAUGUUGGUUUGUCCAAAAAAGAAAUUGAAAAGUCUGCUAUAAUUCUAAAAUCAGUGAUUAGUAAAAUUUUGAAGUCAAAAAAAUAA